AGCAUCAUAUUCCAACCUUUAUUUUUGUACGAAGAGAAGAAAAAGGUUAUUGAUUGUUUAAUAGUUUCAAUAAAAUAAUUAAUACCGUAUGUAUCUAUCAAAGCUGGACUACGCAUGAGUAAAUCAUCUAAUUAAUAUUCCAAAUAACGUGACUUGUACCUUUCCUCCACUUGCUCCUCUUCGGGUUGCCGCCGUCAGCAGUCGUGCUUGCCAGUAGGGAGUCGUGCAGCGUCGUCAUCAGCUUCAUCAGCCGGCGUCGAGGGGGGCGAGGCCUCGAGCGCGGUGUCGGUAUCGUCCUCAAUCAUCGGGGAGAGGGUGGGGGAGUCGGAGAAGUGGGAGUGGGGAGUAUUGUGAGACUUGUGGCCUUCUUCAUGUGGGGAGAAUUGGAGAUGCGCGGCUGAAUGAGGGGAGGAGGAGCGUUUGAUGGGGUUGGAGGUGAAGGUGGAGGUUGGGUGAGACACAAGAGAAAGAGUGAUGAAUCUUCUCAGGGGAAGCUUGAGCUCUUCCUCAUUAUAGCAGAAAAGGUCUUUUUUGCGUUUUUGAUUUUUCAUAUAAUUGCAAUUAAUAAUCUUUUUGUUUUGCAUUUUGUGUAUUUUAAUUCAUUUGUUUAGUAUUUUAGAUUAAUUAGUUGCUAAUAAAAAUAAAGAGCGCUAAUAGUCAAAAUUAAGAGUUUAAUCGAGUUAAAAUUUGAUUAAAAGUCGUUGACCGUUAAUUUUAGACGGAGCUAUCCAAAAUAGACUGAUUUUGACCCCAGUUGAAAUGUGUGGGAUGCAAUAAUUCAAAGCGUAAUGUUUAGGACCAAAAUCGUAAAAUAACUAUAUGUUUAUGACCAAUUUUGACUUUUACUCUAUUAUUAAUGCAUUGACUUGAAAGUACGUACAUUAUUGCAUAUACAAAAUAAGAUUAUAUAUGUUUGUAGGCAUGGGAUUCGGUCGGUUCGGUUCCGACAGAACCAAUUUGUCGGUUAACCGACUCCCAUUUUUUCUGAAAUCUAGAACCGAAACCAAACCCUUAGUCAGUUCGGUUCCUCAAGGAACCGAUCGGUUCGGACCUUCAGGUUCUUCGGUUCCACCGAAGGAACCGAAAUCAAUUGUGGUCGGAGAAGCGGAGCAGCAAUAGCGGCGGUCGACGCAGUAGCAGCGUCGGAACAACAACAACAGAGAAGAGUGGCUAGGAGGAGAGAGAAGCAGCGGCGGUGGGUGCAGCAACCACAUCGGAACAACAGCUACCGAGAACAGUGGCAAGGAGGAGAGAGCAAUGGCAGUAGGUGCAGCAGACGCAUUGGAUAUCAACAACAAAGAAGAGUGACGACGACGAGAGAGCAACGGCGAUCGGAGAACCAGCGUCGGUCGGCGCAGCAGCCGCGUCGGAACAGCAACAGAGAACAACGAUGAUUCUUUUUUAGAAAGAGCAGCAACCGUCCUUCUUAGUUAAUGGCUUAGGGUCUUUCACAAUUUUUAUUUAAUUUGAUAGAUGAUUGAUUAAAAUGAAUAUAGUGAAAAAUUAAAAUUCAAUCAACUAUUACUGUUCUUCGGUUAUAACCUUUCGGUUCUCGGCUAGAACAGAGAACGGCCUAAAUCCAAAACUCAAUAACCGAAACUGAACCUUAACCUUGUUUUAUCGGUUCUUAGUUAACCGAGAACCGGAAAAGUAAGGUUCGGUCAUCAGUUAAUCGAGAAUCGGGACGUUUCCCCACCCCUAUAUGUUCUCAGCUACCGCAGUGAAAAACGGAAAGCGCUGAAAUUUCACCCGCCCCACAGAAUCUCCGGUUCUUAUUUAGGGGUGCAGAAUCUUCAUCAGAAUCCCAAUAAAGAAGAAUAAAAUCGCCGCCGAAAAUGACCGGACCCGGCCUCUUCUCCGACUUCGGUAACAAAGCUAAAGAAAUUUUGUUUAAGGACUACAGCGAUUAUCAGAAGCUGAUUAUUUCUAGCCAGAGUGAUACCGGAUUGGCCAUAGGUUCGACUCUAGCGAAAAAGGGUGGACUCUCCAGCGGAGAUGUUGCUGCAAAAUUCACAUUUAGAAAUGGCGCGAUUGAUGUCAAGUUUGAUACCGAAUCAACUAUAUGGACAACCCUUGUUGUGACCAAUAUCUUCCCAUCAUCUAGGACCAUUGCCUCAUGCAAAUUUCCAGAUUAUAACUCUGGCAAGAUUGAAGUUCAAUAUUUACACAAUCAUGCAAGUUUAAGUACAGCUGUUGGUCUCAACAAGUCUCCUGCUAUUGAUGUUUCAGCUACUAUAGGUACCCCUAGUGUAGCAUUUGGUACAGAAGCAAGUUAUAUGGUUUCUUCUGGAAAUUUCGCAAAGUACAAUGCCGGAUUCAGCUUGAAGACACCCGAUGCUGUUGUUUCUGCUAUUCUGCUUGACAAAGGAGAUGCAGUAAGGGUGUCGUACUUGCGCCAUCUGGAUCAGCUGAAUAAAGGAACUGCCGUGGGCGAGAUUUCCAGAAAGUUCUCUACGAACGAGAACACGUUAACAGUAGGAUGCUCUUAUGAAGUCGAUCCACACACAACUGUGAAGGCAAAACUCAACAACCACGGCCAUCUUGCUGCCCUCGCCCAGCAUGAACUGAAACCCAAAUCUCUCCUCACCAUUUCUGGCAGUUUCGACACCUUGGCCAUGGAAAAAACCCCAAGGUUUGGCUUGACACUCUCUCUCAAGCCCUAAACAGUAGUACAUCAUGCUUGUCUACUUAUACAAAGAUCAUUCCAGCAAUACCUUAGUUUUCAUAUAGUUAGAUUUCAUUUCUGAACUCAAUUCUUUCCUGUACAUUAUUCUGUAAAUUUAAAACAAAUAUGUUGAAUUACUGAUAUAGUAAUACAUGUAUACAUCUCA